ACACAUCUGCGAUAACGAUAGGCAAAGAUCUCUUUGUCGCGAACGCGUGAAUCAUCCUUCAGCUGAACGUCUUCAAAGAAGAGAAACACAAAACGCACCCAAGGUCGGUUUGAUUUAGAGCAGGCGAUUCCAACAAACCCACUGUCGCGAACCAAAUCUAGAGAAAGAUCCCUGUUGCUUCUGAGACUCGUUCGUAUCCAGUCAUGGUUUCUUCAUCACGACCGCGAACCCCCUCUGCGAGUAAUUCACCACCAUCCGACAAACUGGCGGCAAUCCCUGAGGCUGGAAAAACGACGCAACCUCCACGUCGCUCCUCCCUCGGCCUCCUCUUACGACGCUCCAAGUCCGGCGAACUUAAACCUUCCAAGAAGGCGCAGGCCCUUGCACAGCAGCAAGAACUCGAGAGACAACGCCGCGAAGCUGCCGCCAUCCCGAAAUCCCCUCCCAAACUCCCCGAUCUCUACAACGGUCAAAAACCGACGCCGCUGCCGUACGGAGGCGAGGACCGCCCCGAUUCUGUCGCCAUCGUGUCCAACAAGACGGGUUAUCAAGGUCGUGGGUCAAUCGAGCCCGGUCGAGCGUCCGCAAUGACAAGCACGGUGCCCAUCCCGCCAAUUCCAUCGAAUGGCAACAAGAAUGGCGAAUAUGUUGAUCCGUACGCUCGAACUGAGAGCAUGACACACCGUGGCAGAUACAGCUAUGCGAGCAGUGCGGUCAGCACCAUCAACAGCCCUCGCAGAGUGAGGAGACGGAAGGACCCUACGCCUUUCAAUAUCCUCAUUAUCGGCGCAAGAUCAUCGGGCAAGACCUCCUUCCUUAAUUUCCUCAAGACCUCUCUAGCCCUUCCAUCAAAGAAGAGAAGCAACCGACCAACUGAGCUUGUUGACGAUAUCUUCGCACCUCAAAACUCAAAAUCUGGUACUUUCGAAUCACAUUAUUUGGAGACCGAAAUCGAUGGUGAACGUAUUGGUUUGACUCUCUGGGAUUCGGAAGGAUUGGAGAAGAAUGUCGUUGAUCUGCAGCUUCGAGAGAUGUCCUCUUUCUUGGAGAGCAAGUUCGAGGAGACUUUCACUGAGGAGAUGAAAGUUGUCCGAGCUCCUGGUGUGCAAGAUACACAUAUUCAUGCAGCAUUCCUGCUUCUUGAUCCUCUUCGCCUGGACAGAAACAUUGCCGCUGCAAAGAAUUCGACGUCCAAUGGUGGCAUGAAUGGAAAGUACAACUCAGCGCCACGUAUCCUGGGUGGAUUGGACGAGGAUCUUGAUCUUCAGGUUCUGCGAACUCUCCAGGGCAAGACAACUGUCGUUCCGGUCAUCUCAAAGGCAGAUACCAUUACAACCGCUCAUAUGGCAUAUCUGAAGAAGAUUGUCUGGGAUUCCUUAAAGAAGGCUAAUCUUGAUCCACUUGAGGCCCUGGGACUUGAUGACUUCGAGUCUGAUAGUCCGAUAAACUCCAGUCGUAUCGAUGAGGGAGACGAGGAUGAGGAUUCCGACAAGGACUCAGAUGGCAACCUUCCAAUUCAAACUCCAGAGCCUAGUAGCAGUGCUUCGCCGAAUUCGAAGCGCUUGUCGUCAGGUUCGGUUCGCCGUCACAAAUCUGUAGAUGAUUCCGAGACCGAACUCCCAUACCUCCCACUGUCAAUCAUCAGCCCAGACAUCUACGAACCUGGUGUUAUCGGCAGAAAGUUCCCUUGGGGAUUCGCAGAUCCAAUGAAUGCCGAGCAUUGCGACUUUACCAGAUUGAAGGAGGCCGUCUUCAGCGAGUGGAGAGGAGAACUCCGAGAAGCAAGCAGAGAACUCUGGUACGAAGGAUGGAGAACAAGCAGACUCAAGCACCGCGACACAAAAUGAUGAUCUGUCCUUCCUCUCUCAAUGUCUUACCAGCAGCGCGUACUUCCUUUUGCGGCAUACCGGACAUUAUCUGCUGGAGACGCAAAAACCCUGACGAUUAAUUUCCGUUGUGAUACAACGCUCUCUUUUUCAUUUGUUCUUUUUGGAACUGCUGCAUACCCCCUUACUUCGAAUUGUGCGCGCGCGCUGCAUUUGUCGCCGAAUUAGUACUUU